CCCCCGCAAACCCACCGGCCAUGACGGAACCGCAGCAGGUGUGGCACACCGACGUGCCACCCACCUCGCCCUCGGCCGCGCUUCCCAUGAUUCGCCUCCCCCAGGCCGCCGGCCCCGGCAGCCCCCAGGACCCCGAGAAGCCGGGGUCUCCUCUCGAGUGCUCCAUCUGCUUCACCGGCUACGACAACGUCUUCAAGACGCCCAAACUGCUGGCCUGUUCGCACGCCUUCUGCCUGGAGUGCGUGGCCCGGCUGGUGGCGGCGCUGCCCGACGCGCUGGCCGAGCCCACCGUGCCCUGCCCCUUCUGCCGCCAGCCCACUGCGGUGCCCCUGGCCGGGGCCCCCGCCCUGCCGACCAGCCAGGACCUGCUGGCCGCCCUGCCCCCGCCGCUGAGAUGCGCCCAGCCCGUCUGGAUGGAUGGGACCAGGUUGUGCUCGCAGCCUCCGGCUGCCGGAGGGUCCCACGAGUGCAUCUGCGUGGACGUGGGGUUGAGCAAGGCCGCGGUCGGACCCGAGCUCCCCCCGCCUCCUCGGCCGCGCCGGGGCGUCCUGGGCCGCUGUUCGGCCUGCAGCGACUGGAAGCGGCUUGUCCUGAUCACGGCGCUGCUCGUCUUACUCUUCUGCAUCGUGCUGUGGCCAGUGCAGUGCGCGCUCAAGACGGGCAACCUGCGCUGCUUUGCGCGGCCGCAUCCCGCCCCGCCGCCCACGCCCACGACCCUCUCCCUGGACAUCCAGGAAGGCUAGGGGCGGCCCGGCCGCUGCGACCCCCGCCCCAACCAAGGCGUGGAGAGGCCAGGCCCAGACUGGACGGUCCCGCCACCCCCCUUCUCCCCCGGGACAGGCCGGGCCGGACUCCAUUCACCUGCACUACUGUGACCCCCGCGGCGGCCGGUCCCGUCCGCAGUGACUGCCUCUUGGCUCGCCCCUUCGUCCCUCUCUCCUCUUGCCCCCCACCCCCGCCCCCCGCCCCAGUCCUGAGAAGGAAGGAAA